ACCAAGUUAAAAAAUUUAGUUAACUCUAAUGACUUAAGGGUAAUUUAGUCAUCAUUCCCUUUCCUACUCCCUUUCCCUUUCUUCUUUCACUGUAAUCACCACCACCACCAAUCUUCUAAUCUAAUCUCAGUUCUUUCUCUCCCCUCUUAUCCCUCUCUCCAACCAACACCCACCACCACCUAAUCCGCCAGAUCUACAACCACCGUCGGUGACCACCACGCCGGAUCUACCGCCACCACCACUUGUCUACCUCCACCGGAUCUACAACCACCUCCAUGGCGAUGAAGCAUUCUGCCACCACCACUUGUCUACCUCUCGAAAACAUUCAUUUCGAUCAUCUUCCAAUAAACUCCGGCGACAACGAUGUCAAUGGCGAUGAAGCAUUCUGCCACCGCUGCCCCUCGUGUUAUUUCCUCUGCUACUUCUGCCUCCAUCCUUACUAGAGACUUUCAUGUUUUUGAUAUGGCUGAAAGUUCAUCAAGUUUCAGAGCACCCUGGUUCUUAAGGCUAAUGAAUGUAGCAGACGAACUUAUUCUGUCCAUUCCAGAUGAUGAUGCGUGCAAACUAUGGGGUGUUGAUAAAGGCCCUACCAAUGUUAUGAUACACACUGAAGAUGGCCGAUUAUUUAAUGUUUUUUUAAGCCCUGGUAAAGGAAAGUUAUUCCUCUUCCAUGGUUGGUCCAAUGUUGUAGAACAUUUGCGACUAACGAAUGGCUGUUUGGUAGUAUUUAAUCUUGUAUCUUCUACUACUUUUAAAUUAACAUCUUACGUUGAUCGGGUUAGUCGUGGCUCUUUUUGGACGUAUCUGCUCCCUCCAUCAUCGAAUUUUUAUGUCAUUCCUGAAUCUAUCUUGCCAAAAGUUUAUGAUUAUUCCUCAAAUGAUGUAAUAUCUACUGUAAUGAUAGAUAACAAAAUUUUUAAAGUUGCCAUUGAAACAUCUAACGGUAAAGUUGGUUUUACCGUUGGUUUUGACGUAAUUGUGAGUCUGUUACAGUUGAAGGCUGAUUGUAUUUUGUUAUUUACAAAAGGUUUUGUUCAUUUUUUCUAUUUAAAAGUUUUUGGAAAAAAUGGUGUUGAAAUGAAUUUUCCUGAUGUAGAUGUUGAUCAGGCUGAAGCUGCACCUAUCGAUACUGAAAAUGAAGCUGAUGAUCAAAUAGAUGGUUCUGUUCGUCGUUUUAGUCGUAUGGCUGGAGAACGUUAUUUUAGGAUUCCUGAUCCUGUUUCACGGAUGGCUAGACUUCAUGAAGGUUUAAGAGAUAUCACCGUUAAGCUUAUGCAUUUUGAUCCACCAAAGCAAUUUACCAACGGUACAAGACGUGAAAAAAAAAACCGGCGGAGGUUGGCGAUACGCGUUAACCAGUUGCAAGAAGUUCAUGAAAGCUGCUAGAAUUAAGCCCUGUGACACGGUUCACUAUUCUUUUGAUGAAAAUGACCAGGUGUUGAGGGUUGAACGAGUUGAACCUUACGAUAGGCGUACUCAUUAGUUAUAUGACAUUUAGGGCAUGUUUGUUGCCUUUCAUAUGUUAGAUUGGAACUUUAUAUAUGUUUUUUUGACAUUUGUUAUGGUUUUUAAUAUCAAGUUAUUUAA